AUGAAGCUGCUGUCCACCUUCCUUGUCCUCUCCGGGGUCGUUACGGCCCAGGUCAACUUCGACGACUGGCAUCCCCCCGUCCCUGGCGAUUUCCGCUCUCCGUGCCCCGCGCUCAACUCGCUCGCCAACCACGGCAUCAUCCCCCGCGACGGCAAGAACCUCACCGUGCCGUUUCUAGUAAAAGCGCUGCCCCAAGCUCUCAACCUCAGCGUCGAGGUAGCUACCAUCGUCGCCUCAGCCGGUCUGCGCACUUCCUCCGACCCGGCGAGCGGUGUCUUCACCCUCGACGACCUCAACAAGCACAACGCUAUCGAGCACGAUGCGUCCCUCACGCGCAGGGACUACAAUCUUGGAGGCGAGAAGCAGAACUUCUGCCCGAAGAUCUUUCAUGAGUUCUUAGGGUACUUCAAAGGGAAGGAGCAGAUCAGCAUUCCGCUUGCGGCAGCGGCGCGAUGGGGCCGCGUCAAAACGGAGCGCUGCCGAAAUCCUAAGUUCUCCUACACUGCGUUGAAUCGGUUCAAUUCGUACAGCGAAUCUGCCAUCUACAGCGAGCUUUUGCGGGAUCCAAAGACUGACACUGUGCCGAUUGAGUUCAUCAAGAUCUUCUUCGCCCAGGAGCGGCUGCCCUACAAGGAAGGCUGGCGUCCCGUCAAUUUGAUCAACGGCUUUAGCCUCGCGGCUGAUAUACUGCAGCUCUCGCUCAAUACUCCCGAGGAGAGGGCAGACAGCGCUGGAAUCGAAGACGGGUUUGUGACGUCUCAUGGCGCGAUGUUCUAG